GUUAUGAGUGGUAUUGUCGACACCACACAUGAAGAGAAUACAACCACCAAGCUCCCGAGAAGAAGAGUGUAUGGACUUGUUCUUAUGUCCUUAGGCGGAUUUUAUGUGGUCCUUUCGAAUGUUCUCGUGCAAUUGAUACACCAACACAGUUAUGUGGAUAUAUCAUCUGUAACACUCUUAUACAUGCGAAGUUUGUUCACAACAUUUUUAGCGGUCUUAGUUAUGUUUCUCGGCCGCGUGCAUCCUGCCCCAUCAAGGUCAGCUUGUUUUAAGCUAACUAUACUUGGUUUAGCUGGUGUCGGCGGAAUAUUAUUUAUGUAUUUGGCGCUGGCACACAUGCCUGUCGGUGACGUCACAAUCAUACAGUUUACCGCACCGUUUUUUACAACCAUACUAAGUGUUUUGUUUUUGAGUCAAAAGUUAACAUUCGUAGACGUAAUCUGUGGUGUAUUCAGUUUUCUUGGCUUGCUUAUUAUGACUCGCCCAACUCUUGUUUUUGGUGAAGAAGAUAUAGACAGUCGUGAGAUAAGUGAGUGCAUCACUGGAGAAAGCGAUGUAGCAAAUGCACAUAAUCAUUCUGACUACAUGCUGGGCGCAUUUUACGCCCUAUUAGGUUCUGUUCUAGUAUCAAUUUUUUAUAUUUUAAGUAAAAUUUGUGGAAAACAAGGUGACGUCAUGUUGAUCAUAUUUUACACUGGAUUAGUGGGCAUGCUACUACCAACGGGCGUUAAUUUAGUGCGUCAACAACCGUACGUGUUCGGCCAUCAGUGGGAUAUUUGGAUACUGUUAAUGUUAAUUGGACUUUUAUCAUUCGUGCACCUUAUGUUUGUCGCUGAAUCCUUACAAUUUGAAGAAGCUGGUCCAGUCGCGCUAGUUCGUAAUGCUGAUUGUGUGUAUGCUUUUGUGUUACAGUACACCAUACUAGGAGUAGUACCAAAGCCAUUGACACUUAUGGGCGCAACUAUGGUUGUUAUUGCCACAACAUGCAUGGGCGGUUAUAGAUAUUAUUGCGCUAAGAAGCAACAGUCCUUCAAUCAAUCACACAGCAGAUAAAAUUUUAUUAUUUUAAAGAAAGAACUUUUGGAAGAGGAAAACUAAACAAAAACUAGUUUUUUAAAAAUCUGUAAAAACAUGAUCUAAUAUUGCGAUUUCGCAAGAGCGUAAUUUUGCAAAAUGGUGAAAAUUCGCUAAA